AGGACUUGGCAGGGAACAAAAGCCGAUGAUGAUGCUGCCGACCGAAGGAGGCGCCUGAUCACCGCGAGAUAAGCACGAUUCCUUUCCCCUUGCUAUUCUCGCUGGAAGAAGGACCUUUUGUUUUUGUUAGGCCAAUAAUUGAAGGAAGCAAAUACUCACCGCGGAAGAGCCACCAAUCAAGCGUGAAAAGUCACGUGCAUAACCGACCGACCGACCGACCGCCAGCCGUAAUUGGAAAUCAAUGCAACUAAACAACAAAACUGGAAACGCCAUAAAAUUGACACUUGUUAAGGUUAGCUGCAGCACCAGACCAGCAGUAGCAACUGUCAGUUGGCUAUGAAUAUGGUAGAAAGCGGGGAGUAGUAGUAGGCGCUGCUGUGCCUCCUCAGCGAUUACUACGACUACGACGCAUUUGCUUAGUAGGCAGUCCAGUCGGAGUGUAGUCAGUAUAGGAGUGCUUUACCCGUCUCGUCGUCAUCAAAGCGACAAAAAUGUACACGAAAACAAUAUGUGUGAGUAUGGGACAAACUUGUAAAAGCUGCUUGCUUGCGCUCGAGCGGGUCGCUGCUGAGGCUGGUUGGUUUUGUUGAGUGUCAGUUUCAGUCCAAUAUCGGUCGUGAAUAGAAAUAGACAAAAACGACACCGUGCGGUGCGUCGUGUGUGAUUCCUUCAAGUGGUUGGCGCCUGGAGUAAGAAGAAUAAGAAGAACGAUAACAGUUCGAUAUAGUCAAUACAGAGCGCGCAGAGGAAAUAAUUUUCGAGUGACAGACAACCGUGACAAGUUCCCCCUUUUCCCUUGGCGACAAGGGGUGAUCCCUUGGCAGAGGCGACCAUUUAUCGAGUGUGCUUGUGUGUGUAUUCGGGUUCGUGUUGUUCGAGCGGGUGUCAGAUCGAUUGUUUAGAGUGUGACGUUGGCGGCCGCGAGUGCCAGGAGAGCAUAUGUAAAUCGAAUCCAUUGUUUACUUUUUGGGCACCACUCGGGCUCGGCCGCUUGCGCACUUGACUCUCGCACCGAUUUGACACGCUGUCACAAUAUACGGCGAACCGAAGAGGCAGAAGAACGACGACGACGACGACAACGACGGUGGACUGCAUGGAGGCGAUGGAUUCUGAGCUGCUGGAGCUGUUUCUAAGAUGUUCUACCACAAAGGAUUUCCAAUGUUAAAUAGCCAACAGCAAGUCUCGCCAGCAGCCUCACAGCAGCAGCAGCAGCAGCAACAUACACCAAAUCACAAUCGCUCGCCAGAUCAGAACAAUAGCUACUUCAUAUUCGACGACCUGAGUUCGGCUCUGGCAGCCGAACGGAACAACAAUACCGCUCCCAAGGGCAGCGCCCAAAACCUGGUCCUGACGGCCGGCGGUGGCAACAAUAAUGAUAGCAUCAUUGCCAAGAUCAAUCAGAUCAACAGCACCCAUCAUAGCGCUAGCAGUGGUGGCGCCUCGCGAGCAAACGCCGGAACCGCUACCGGGCUGUCCUCGCCGUCGUCCACUACCGGUGGAGCUUCGUCGCAAACUUCCGUCUCAUCCGUAUCGUCGUCCAGCGGCGGUGGCAUCAUGUCGCAACAGCAACAGCAACAACACCAAAUCAUGUCCGCACUGGCAGCACAGCAGCAAAAGUCACCCUUCUACCAACGGUAUGGCAACACUGCCGGUACGAACGCCACCAGUGCUGCCAGUCAAGCAUUCCAACAGCAGCAGGCUUCGUUUGCGUCGCCGCCGUUCGGCGCGUACGGCCAAUCACAGCAGCAGCCUACUACGCUGCUCCAGCAAACUCAGCAAGCGGCUUCCCUCCAGCAGAAGACUGGUUUCGCAACCGGAACGACCAACACGACCACCACAACCAAUGGCGGCAGCGUGGUCGGCGGUUCCGGAGGCGACAACUACCACUUCAAGACACUGGUCCCGUCGGUGGCCGCCGGUGCCAUCAUCGGCAAGGGCGGCGAAACCAUUGCCUCCCUGCAGAAGGAUGCCGGCGCACGGGUGAAAAUGUCCAAGGCACAUGACUUCUAUCCCGGAACAUCCGAACGAGUCUGUCUCAUUAGCGGCACAGUCGAUGGCAUAUUGACUGUGCUCGAUUUUAUCAUUGAUAAGAUUCGCGAGAAGCCCGACAUGACCAAAGCGCUAACGGACGCGGACGCCAAGCAGGCGGCCGACCGUGACAAGCAGGUCAAGGUGCUGGUACCGAACUCGACGGCCGGCAUGAUCAUCGGCAAGGCCGGCGCCUACAUCAAACAGAUCAAAGAGGAAUCGGGCUCGUACGUGCAGAUCUCGCAAAAGCCGAAAGAACUCACCCUCCAGGAGCGGUGCAUUACGAUCAUCGGCGAGAAGGAGAACAACAAGAUUGCAUGCAAGAUGAUCCUGGCGAAGAUCGUCGAAGAUCCCUCAUCCGGUUCAUGCUUGAACGUAUCAUACGCAGACAUCAACGGACCGGUGGCCAAUUUCAACCCCACUGGUUCGCCAUUUGCCGCCUCACAGAAUCCCACUUUCAGCUCCAGUACCGCAUCAUUAAACUCCGCACUGGGCGGCACCAUGCCCGGGGCUUCCGCGGCCGGUUUACUGGUCAACGGCACCGGACUGAAUCUGUCAUUAAAUCUAGGUGCACCUUCACCACAAACUAAUCCUACAGUUACCACACAAUUGCUUGAACAUAUUAAGGGUGCCAUGAGACAAUCCGGCUACUCCGACACGGCUACCAAUGAGGUCCACGCGGCGCUGUCCGUCCUCGCCAAAUACGGUGUGCUAGGCAUCGGCGUAGGGCUCCAGAAUGGAACCCAUCAGUCGCCACUGAGCUUCCUGGGCGUGUCUGAGCUGCAGCAAUCGUCGGCCGCAGCGGCAGCGGCAAACGCCGCCUCCGGAGUGUACGGUGCCGUCGGGCAGAUCAAUCUGGAAUCGUAUCUGCACGGUGCUGGCACCGCGACGCCCCGUACCUCGAUGGAACGCUACGACGCUACCUUUGAUCCGUUCCGGCAUCCGGGCACGCAAGCGGCCACACCGAUGUCGAUCAACAACAAUGCCUUCGGACUGACCAGUGCCUCGGCGCUGAAUGCGGCGGCCGCCGCGCAGUCGCUCGGUUCGCUCAGCAAGAGCCCCACGCCGGCUGAGAUGACCACCAGCAAGGAGAAGAACGUCGAGAUCCCCGAAGUGAUCGUCGGUGCUAUCCUAGGUCCCGCCGGUCGCAGUUUGGUCGAGAUCCAGCACCUGUCCGGUGCCAACAUCCAGAUCUCGAAGAAGGGCAUCUUCGCGCCGGGCACCCGGAACCGCAUCGUCACCAUCACCGGUGCCCCGAACGCCAUCAACGUCGCUCACUAUCUGAUCGAGCAACGGAUCCAGGAGGAGGAAGCGAAACGGGCCUGCCAAACGACCACGGCGGCAGCGGCGGCCGCAGCCGGCAAGACCGCAGCCACCAUCGUUACGCAGUAAAAGCAUACACAUCCAUACACAAACACACACACACAUACACACACUAAGCAUGAAACAACACAAACCAUUUACUUUAAAACCGAUGCGGGAUGCGAGUAAACAAAAAAAAAAAAAGAAGAAGGAAAAGAAUAACAAACCAAUAAGAGAACCUAAAGAAAGAAAGGACACACAUACACACUUAGCGAGCAAAGCGAAGCGCGAGGUAUGAGAAGCGAUAUAAUAAUUAUUAUUAAAGUAAUUGUUAUUUUAGUAGGUAAAUUGAAAAUGGAAAAACAGAAAGUUUUAACUUGAGUUAGUAGACAGAACCUAUAGUGCGGAGAAAAGAAAAAAAAUACAAUGGGGAUGAAAUGAAGAAACUUCAGAGUAAAGAAGAAGGAAAAAUUAUAUGAUAGAUAAGUGAGAAACCAUAUAAUUAAAGAAAAAAAUAGUUAAAACAAGCGAUAAACAGACAAAGAAAAAAACAUAAAUAUAACACUGACACACAAAUACACAAACACACACAAACACACACACAGGUUACUUCGUUCAGUGCUGUGUUACCACACCUAUCGUACUACACCAUUGUUAAUUUCAAUCAAGCGGAAAAUCGUUUCGUAACCAUAGCAACGCGAUCACAGAGUUUUUAUUUUCGAACUUCUCAGUUUAGUUCCAUCUUUAUUUUUCACUGUGUCUAAUUUAAGAGAAGAGAUGUUUUUAAGUUUUUUUUUAUAUACAUAUUCAUAUUAUUUUUUUUUUAUUAUGUUUAUCUAAAAGAGACGGUGGGCCAGGCCUAAAGAUUUGUUUUUAGCUGUUAGCAAAAGGAAGAGAAAAACAAGGGGUAUAUUUUUCGUGCGAAAAAAAACAAAGAACAAUAGCAAACAACAACCAUUGGUCGAAUGAUUUCUGUGUGUCAACUCUCUUGCGGGUAGGACUAUUUUAGGAGACAACAACAACAACAACAACAACAACAAAAAAUGAAACGAAUGAAACGUGCACUUGUAUAAAAGUAUACAUUUUAUGUAUGUGUUAGGGGAAAAAGCAAACGACGAAACGAAUCGUUUUUCGUUUGGAUAUUUUUUUUUUUCGUUUCUGUUUUGCCAUUGUUUACAUAAAGUUAGAACACUGAUUACACAAACAAACAUGCAUCCACAAAAGGGCAAACGUUUUACGUUGUUACAGAGGGGAAGAGAAUAGGAAGAGAUGAAAAAUUUAACCAUUGUUGAAUGUUAGAAAAAAAUACACAGACAUACAUACAAACAAACAAACACAUACAGACACACACACACACACACACGCACGCACGUCGUACAGCCGGAUUAUAUUACCAAUACCAACGCGCGGGGAAGUGCAUAUAUAUAUAGGUGAAAGAAGAAGAAAUGAAACAAUACCGUGUGUGUUGCAAACAAAGUCAUAUAGGAGUGUAGGAAAUUAUUUAGGUAAUUCGCGAGAAAUGAGAAGAAGAAGAAGGGUAAUGUUUAACCAUUUUUUUUUAAAAACUAGUUAGCGUUUAGUGUUUAGUUUAGCGCAGUGGUAUUUUGAAAAGAAUUUUAAAUUCUUCGUUCUCUUGUUUAUUUCCUUAACCAAUUUUUGUCAUUGGCAACGAGUCAAUAGUUAUUUUUUUUUCCGUUUCAAAAACUAUAUUAAUCCACUAUUAGGAACUGGGAAGGAACUUUCUCCAAGAGGAUAAGCAGAACGCGGAACAUGUGCAAAAUAAAAAAUAAAUUAAACAAAAAAAAGCUAUUACAUAACCUCAAUUGUUCUCAUGUCAACUUGCCCAACGGCGGCGCGAUUCGAUCGGAGCCGCAAGGUUUAGGCGACGGACGUUACCAACGCGCACGAGGUCAAAUUGACGUCAGAAGCGUUAACUUGUUUUCCAAUAUAAGCUUGCAUAGAUGCAAUCUGUUAAUGUUAAAACCAAAAAGACGUUUUCUCCUUUAAAACAUGUUAUAAUUCCUAGUUUAUGAGAUACAUACAUAGAAAACAUACGCGCAUUACAUACAUACAUACACACCCCACACUUCCACAUAACCUCUUUUUGUUUAUGAAACAGAAACAACACAACGCAGUGUCAUCACAACCAACACACACACACACACACACUCACACAAAGAAAGAAGAAAAUCUUCAUUUUAGUUGUUUUGUUUGUUUUCUACCCGUUCGUCAGCAUAGCUACGUGUUAUUUAUAGCCUAUUACAUCACCAUGAAAAAGAGAAGAAGAAGAAGAAAACCAACACAUACACUUACAUUAAACAUGCACGUACCCGUUAUAUUUUGUUUUCCUUUCCUAAAUAAAAA